AUGGCUUCACAGCUGCAGACAAGUUGCCGUGCAUCUUGCUGGACUAUCGGAGUUUGCAUCCUGGCGGCCGCGCUCCUCCCAGGACUGCAAGCUCAGACUGUCUUAGUCAAUGACACAGUCUCGGGGUUCAUCGGGUCGGACGUGGUCCUGCACUGCAGCUUCACCAACCCUCUCCCCAACGUGAAGAUCACGCAGGUGACGUGGCAGAAAGCCAGCAACGGCUCCAAGCAGAAUGUGGCCAUCUACAACCCUGCCAUGGGGGUCUCCAUCCUCUCUCCCUACAAAGAGAGGGUGACCUUCCGGAACCCUUCCUUCAAGGACGGCACCAUCCAGCUGUCUCGGCUGGAGCUGGAGGAUGAGGGGGUUUACAUCUGUGAGUUUGCUACCUUCCCAACAGGCAACAGGGAGAGCCAGCUGAACCUCACUGUGCUGGCCAAGCCCACAAACCGGAUGGAGGGCACCAAGCGGCCACUUAUCGCUAAGUCUGGCAGGACAGAAAAGAUCUUGGUAGCUACCUGCACCUCCUCUAACGGGAAGCCUCCCAGCACUGUCACCUGGGACACCAAGCUCAAGGGAGAAGCAGAGUUCCAGGAGAUCCGGAACAGCAAUGGCACCAUCACAGUGAUCAGCAGGUACCGGCUGGUGCCCAGCCGGGAGGCACACCGGCAGCAGCUCAUGUGUGUGGUCAACUACCAGCUGGAUCGCUUCACAGACAGCAUCACCCUCAACGUGCAGUAUGAGCCAGAAGUCACUAUUGAGGGCUUUGAUGGCAACUGGUUCCUCAACCGGAAGGAUGUGAAGCUGAUAUGCAAAGCAGAUGCCAACCCCCCAGCUCACACCUACGAAUGGAAGCUGCCAAAUGGGACCCUGCCAGGGAGUGUGGAAAUCCAGAACAACACCAUCUACUUCAAGGGACCUGUGUCCUACAGCGUGGCAGGGACCUACAUCUGCGAGGCCUCCAACGCCAUCGGCACACGGUCAGGCUUGGUGGAAGUCAAUGUCACAGAUAAGCCACUACCUCAGGGUGCCCCAGGAGGCAUUAUUGGCAUCGUGGGAGGAGCCAUUGCAGCAGCUCUCAUCAUCGGGGUGCUUGUCACUGUCAUUGUCGUCUACAGGAGGCAGCAGAAGAACCGCAGUGAGACCGACAGUGACCUAAUUGACUUGCCUCCAUCCCACAAACCUGCCCCUCCACCAAAGAGGAAACAGGAGAUGAAAAGCCACCUGACUGCAGAAGACAUCCAGGUUGUUCACUUAGACAACAUGAAGCAUGAGGAGGAAAUCCAGAAGCUUGCUUUGCAGACUCCAUACUAUGACAUGGCAGCCAGUGAGCCCUCUGCCUACACUGACAAAAUGAAUGAGGAUCAAGGUCUUCGUAGACGUAACAAGUGAGAGUGGACAAACUUUGGAAAGUAUCACUCAGAGAUAUCGAAUGCGAGUGAUUACCUGACCCGCUGUUACUCACAUGAAGAUCGAUAUCUGGAGAAGAUCCCUCAUGUCUGUGCCCCUUUGUCAGAUCUCCCACAAGAUCUCUAUCCUCACCACUCUGACAUCUCCUUCUGCUGCCCACCUCCUGGGUCCCGGGCUCCUUACAUCUGUCCUAAGGAACAGUAUGUUUAA